AUGCCCCCAAAAAAGCAACCAAGAGAUACACCAGAAUUUACAUCCAACGAGAUAGAAGACCAACCUACAGACCAGGAGAACUCGGAGUACGAGUCCCACGAAGUCUGCCAGCAAUUAGAACAGACCGACGAAGAAGAUAAAGAGUCAUUAGUGGGAGCACCAGAUCCAGAGGCUAAUACACUUCCUACCUUUGACGACCAACCACCAAAGAUCUUAAGCACCGUCGUACAGUCACAGAAGAUAAUCACUCCGUGGCCGUUCCCACCUACGACACCAAUCAAGACCUUCUUAAAACCUAUCACUGCUAAAGCCACUUCGCAACCACCAAAGCCAAAAAAGAUGUCAGGAAAUAGCAACACGCCAGGGUGGUUCCACGGCAAAGCCAAUGAGAACGCACAGAACUUCUUGCGCGAAGUCGAGUGCUACGUCGUGCUCAAUGAACUGAAGACUGAACAAGGGAAGAUCACAGUAUUCAGUACCCUACUGUCGGCAGGUUCAAUUGCAGACACGUGGUGGAACAAGCUGGACAGCACACACAAGAACACAUGGGCGGACGUCAAAACAGCAUUUUCUAACCAAAUAUUGGCCUUACGACUGAAAGAGGAAGAAGUAGGCAAACAGAUCACAGUCGCAGGCGUCCCUACAUGGGCACAUCUCCAAUUCCACGUGAACUUACAGCAGCUCGUCAAUGAAGCCGGAGUCAACACAACGGCAGGGCUCGUGUACCAAGUCCAGGAAAACUUACCAAUGGUAAUCAAGGAGCUCACAACACCGGGGUUAGCGGAAUGGAGCAAGUUCCUAGAUGAGCUUAAAGUGCUUGAUACGAACAAGCUGAGAGAGAAAGCAGAGACAGCACGGAAGAAGAAAGAGGAAGAGAAGAUGCAGAGCGCUCGCCUUGCAAGGCUCGAGACCAUGCAAACAGAUGCAAUAGAGGUUAUGCGUCUACAGCUACAGCACACCAAUUUAUGGCCUAACCCAAUCGAAUGA